AUGCCGUCCGCCGCUGAGACCCACUUUCUUCAGUUCGCGAUCCAAUGGUCCAGCAUAGCCUUGCUUUACUACGACUACGCCUUGACCUUCCCACAAGAGGUCAAAUACAUAUGGAAGGGGAGCAAACGGAGCUUGCUGAUCGUCCUAUAUGUCCUUUGCCGAUACGCACUACUGGCGAACGUACUAUAUCUUCUCGCCAUCGCCAAUAAACUUGGAGGGCCAAGCUCUUGUGACGUCGUGUAUAAGGUUCUCGGCGUAGUCAGCGUGCUGGGUCGCGCAGCUGUCAUAUUCACAUUCCUGGCUCGGGUGUACGUUGUUUGCGCGAGGAACAAGUUCAUACUCAUUGGACUUGGCGCCAUCGCGGUGACAUGCGUAGUCCUGGAUGCUAUUCAUGUCCCGGGGCUCCGAUGCAAGGGAUCAUCCUCGAUACAAAUUGCCAACACGCUCUUGUCUAUACUCGUUUGCGUAUUCGAAUCGCUAGCAGCGCUUCUCACUCUGUUUCGAAGCAUACAAGCUCUUCGAUUCGGGGCGUCCCCCGUGUCAGCAAAGCGACAUACCUUCAACUACCUUGUUGCCGAACAAGGCAUCCUGUACUUCUCUCUCAUCUCAGCUUUCACGAUCGGAGCCACAGUUCUCAACUUCCGCGCUCCGGGAGGCUUCUUUCAGCGUUUACUCAACGCCAUAACUCUACCCUUGUCCGGCUUACUGACGGCGCGUUUCAUCCUUCGCCUGCGCGUCUACCACGGGCGCGGUACAUCGGACGACUCAGAUGUAGAGACGCCGCCGAUGUCUUCAUUCAGGGUAGCAACCGAAGACAACAAGCAUAACUCUCGCACCAUCUUCGACGAGUUCGGCGUCGACCCUCUUCAGGUCGCGUCGCGCAAGUCUGAUGAAGAGAAGGGCUGUGAUACAGACAUCGAUCAGACGGCCACCUACGUUGGAAGCGAGUACCGGUCUAUGCGGAGUGGGAUAGACGCCCAUGAGAUGGUGGGAACGUCAUUGGACUGCCGUCAGCGGGAGUUUCAAGAAGGAUGUAGCGGAAGGCAGGGUGUUGAGUUCGUUGAGGGUUGCUCUGGAGACAGGGUUCACACUUGCGAUGGCUAA